AUGUAUCUCACCCUUGCACCAUCCACCUUAGCCACUAUGUAUCUCACCCUUGCACCAUCCACCUUAGCCACUAUGUAUCUCACCCUUGCACUAUCCACCUUAGCCACUAUGUAUCUCACCCUUGCACUAUCCACCUUAGCCACUAUGUAUUUCACCCUUGCACUAUCCACCUUAGCCACUAUGUAUUUCACCCUUGCACUAUCCACCUUAGCCACUAUGUAUCUCACCCUUGCACUAUCCACCUUAGCCACUAUGUAUCUCACCCUUGCACUAUCCACCUUAGCCACUAUGUAUCUCACCCUUGCACCAUCCACCUUAGCCACUAUGUAUCUCACCCUUGCACUAUCCACCUUAGCCACUAUGUAUCUCACCCUUGCACUAUCCACCUUAGCCACUAUGUAUCUCACCCUUGCACCAUCCACCUUAGCCACUAUGUAUCUCACCCUUGCACUAUCCACCUUAGCCACUAUGUAUUUCACCCUUGCACUAUCCACCUUAGCCACUAUGUAUCUCACCCUUGCACCAUCCACCUUAGCCACUAUGUAUUUCACCCUUGCACCAUCCACCUUAGCCACAAUGUAUCUCACCCUUGCACCAUCCACCUUAGCCACUAUGUAUCUCACCCUUGCACCAUCCACCUUAGCCACUAUGUAUCUCACCCUUGCACCAUCCACCUUAGCCACUAUGUCUCUCACCCUUGCACCAUCCACCUUAGCUACUAUGUAUCUCACCCUUGCACCAUCCACCUUAGCCACUAUGUCUCUCACCCUUGCACCAUCCACCUUAGCCACUAUGUCUCUCACCCUUGCACCAUCCACCUUAGCCACUAUGUAUCUCUUGCGCUACUACUUCUGCUCCUAA